UGUGUGCAAGAAGUCAUCAAGUGCCAACAAAACGAGAACAUGGGUUUCUCCUCUCAGAUAGAAUGUUGUGACAAGUAUACAUUGUGUUACUUCUUGUGUCAGCCUGAAGCCAUCACAGCUCCACUAUGCCACCACAAGGUGAAGCGAGGCAGCUGGAACAAACGGCAAGUUGUUUGGCCCAGCAGGGCACAGCUGCGAGAUGCCACCAGCGAUGUCCACCAAGUCUGGCCCAGCAGGGCACAGCUGCGAGAGGCCACCAGCGAUGACGAGCUGAAUGAAGACAACCAGUUCUUUCUGUAG